CCCCCCUUCUCUUUCCUCAGAACUGGAGCUCUGCACAUCCCAGGCUCAGGGAAUUUUAGCCUGGAGAAUUUUAACCCUUUCUCACUCAGAGCAUGUGCCGAGCCCCUAUCUGUGCAGAUGGCCCAGCCCCGCCCCCCGGCCCUCGCUCCAGCCUCUUGAGCUCAGAGCCAGUGUAAUCCUCCUCUUGUGUGAGGGAGCCUCUCCCCUGCAGAGAGGAGGAAAGCCUGCUUCGGAACAGCCCUGGACAAAGGGGCAGAGAUGCCCCAUCAAACUGCAGGCUCUAAGCUCUUCAGCACCUGUUGCCUUCACUAGCAGCUUUUCCUCCUCCUCUUCUCUGCACUCCCCAGAACCAAAGAAUGUGAAGGGGGUCCAUGGAGGGCUCACGUCCCCGCGCCCCGGGCGGCCACUUUGCGCCAUCGCCACCGGCUUUCGAAGGCGAACUGGAUCUGCAGCGCUACUCCAACGGGCCAGGCGUGAGCGCCGGGUCUCCAGGAAUGGGAGCAGUAGGCUGGUCUGAGAGUCGUGCAGGCGAACGGCGCUUCCCCUGCCCCGUAUGCGGGAAGCGCUUCCGCUUCAACUCCAUACUGGCUUUGCACCUGCGGGCGCACCCAGGGGCCCAGGCCUUCCAGUGCCCGCACUGCGGGCACCGUGCAGCGCAGCGUGCUCUGCUGCGCUCGCACCUGCGCACGCACCAGCCUGAGCGUCCGCGUAGCCCCGCCGCGCGACUUUUGCUGGAGUUGGAGGAACGCGCGCUUCUGCGCGAGGCUCGGCUGGGGCGAGCCCGGAGCUCAGGGGGUGUGCAAGUUGCCCCAGCCACUGAGGGGCUGGCGCGUCCCCAGGGUCCUUCGUCGUCCGCCUUCCGUUGCCCCUUUUGCAAAGGGAAGUUUCGCACCGCGGCGGAGCGUGAACGCCACCUGCACAUCCUGCACAGGCCCUGGAAGUGCGGCCUGUGCAGUUUCGGUUCCAGCCAGGAGGAGGAGCUACUGCACCAUAGCCUGACCGCCCACGGAGCUCCUGAGCGCCCCCUGGCGGCCACUUCGGCUGCACCCCAGGCCCAGCCCCAGCCCCAGCCUUCAUCCCAGCCUGAACCUAGAUCGGUCCCUGUGCCCGAGCCUGAGCCAGAGCCCGAAAGCGAGGCAACUCCCGCCCCAGCUCCUGCAGCCCCUGAGGAGCCCCCUGCGCCACCGGAAUUCCGCUGUCAAGUGUGUGGUCAGAGUUUUACGCAGUCCUGGUUUCUCAAGGGCCACAUGCGCAAGCACAAAGCCUCCUUCGAUCAUGCGUGUCCAGUGUGUGGCCGCUGCUUCAAGGAGCCCUGGUUCCUUAAGAACCACAUGAAGGUGCAUGCCAGCAAGCUGGGGCCGCUGCGUGCCCCGGGGCCCGGUUCUGGGCCCACCCGAGCCCCACAGCCUCCAGACCUGGGCCUGCUGGCCUAUGAGCCACUGGGCCCAGCACUCCUCCUGGCCCCGGCGCCCACUCCUGCAGAGCGCCGUGAGCCUCCGAGUCUCCUAGGCUACUUGAGCCUGCGAGCAGGCGAGGCCCGGCCCAACGGUGAGGGCGCUGAAUCUGGGUCCAGCCGCAGCUUUGGAGGCUUCCGCCCCUUGCCGUCUGCUCUCCCUGGCCGGGGUCGCCGGCAUCGUGCGGAGGAGCCAGAUGAGGAAGAAGAGGUCGUGGAGGCUGAGGAGGAGACCUGGGCCCGGAGCAGGACGCUGGGCCCGCUGGCUUCACUGCAUCCGCGCCCAGGGGAGGGGCCAGGGCACUCUGCACCUGCUGCGGGGGCCCAGCCAAGGCCCACUGCCACACAGGAAGAGAAUGGGCUGUUGGUUGGAGGGACCCGGCCUGAAGGGGGUCGGGGUGCCACUGGCAAGGAUUGCCCCUUCUGUGGAAAAUCUUUCCGGUCAGCGCAUCACCUCAAAGUGCACCUGCGAGUGCACACAGGUGAGCGCCCCUACAAGUGUCCACACUGUGACUACGCGGGCACCCAAUCUGGCUCACUCAAGUAUCACCUGCAGCGCCACCACCGAGAGCAGAGGAGCGGGGCAGGGCCAGGGCCACCCCCGGAGCCGCCACCCCCUUCCCAGCGGGGUUCUGCCCAGUCGACUGGGGCCAAGGCGGCUCCUCAGCCUGCGACUUGGGUGGAGGGUACUUCGAGUCCUCGGCCUCCUGCGAGCAGUGCCGCCCCGGGGUGCCGUCGGAAGCCCUCCAGCCCCGGGAGGACCCUGCGCAAUGGGCGAGGCGGUGAGGCCGAACCCCUGGACCUGUCCCUGCGGGCGGGGCCGGGUGGCGAGGCCGGGCCAGGAGGGGCCCUCCACCGAUGCCUCUUUUGCCCCUUUGCCACUGGAGCUCCCGAGCUCAUGGCUUUGCACCUGCAAGUGCACCACAGCCGCCGGGCUCGGGGCCGCCGGCCCCCUCAGGCCGAUGGAUCCCCGCCCUAUGCCCGGGCACCGUCUGGAGAGUCCCCUUCCAGUCCUCCGCAGGAAGGGGAGGAGGGCCCAGGGCUAUCGAGAUCGGGAGAGGCUGGGCUGGGGGGGCAAGAACGGUAGGGAGCCCUCUUAGGGGCGGUUAGCUUAGUGAGCUUACCCCGCCGGAGCGGGGGAGCGCUAGAGGUAGUUGGGUAGAGCAGCCAGCAGGGGGCAGCGUGGGACCCGUAUCCCAGCCCCAGGCGGACCAGAGGUGUGGGGGCGGAGGGCGUAGGCGAGUGGGCGGGCAGUACCCAGCCCAGGGGAGAGUCACAGUGCCUUAGAAGUGGCAGGGGUGAGGAUCAAAGAACUGGGUCCCAGGGCUGGCAAAGAGGUUUGUGUCCCUGUUGAGGAGCCCCUCUGCCAGUCUUUGCUGGUCCAUAGGCGUGAGAGUUUAUUUUUGUACAAUGGGUGGGGGUGGGGGGCACUGUACCCUUCUAGCCCCUUCAGGGGCCCUGUAGACGUCGCUAUUUUUGGUACGAUUCCUGUCAUCCCUGUCGCAGAGUUGUGUCCCCAAUAAACAGGUGUCUUGAGGCACAGGGCACUGUGUUUGUCUGCCUAUGUCCUG